AUGACAGAGCCCGAGAACUUUGACGACGAGCUCUUCGCCGACUUGUACAACGAUGACGAACCCUCCGCACCCCGAGCGCCCGCCGCAGCGCCCGCACAAGCCGCUCCGCCCGUAGUUGCAUCAUCUGCCGCACAGGAACCGGCAAGCAAUGACAGUUACGGCGAUGACGCCGGCGGCCAGGGCGUUGGCGACUACGACGACUCUGCUAUGCAGUACGACGAUGACGACGACGAAGUGGACUUCAACCUUGGCAACGGCAGCAGCAGCAAUAAGAACGCUGGUGCCGGCACAAACGCCGGCGCAGGAACUGGUGCCGGAUCCGGUUUUGGGGCUGGUCAGCAUUCAGAAGAGACACCACAGCCAAGCGGCGGUGGCCAGUUUUCUGGCGGCCCAAGGCCAGGACUGCUGGCGAACAAGGUUGGUCCCAACUCCAAAGAAGAUGGGGGGGAAACUGCUGGUCUCGGUCAGUGA